AUGCUCUCCAUUCUGCUGCCACUGCUGCUGGCACAGGGCCUGGCGGUACGCCAGUUGAAGUCCGGAGAUGGCCUGGAGCAUAAAGAUGGCGAAGAAGGAGGCUGCUGGAACUGCUGCAACACACCCAAGUGCAGCGGCUCGAAGUUUCUGGACUUCGGGGGCGUCAAUGUGAUCUUCGACGAAUGCACGGCUCUGCCUGGCAAGUGGAAGUACAAUGAGCAGGUUGUCAAGCCCGAGAAGACCAGCGCGAAGUUCUCGUUAGAUGCGGGCAGCUACAUCUGCCAAGAGAUCUGCAAAGUUUUGGUUGGCAAGGACGAGGAGCAUGGGAGGAGAUGGGAGACCAAGACCGUCUACCGCACAGGCGGCAUUGAGCAGCCGAAAUGCACCUACGGUUACAUCUUCGUCCACGUGUGA